AUGGAGAUGACAACUUUCAUGCUGGAGGUUCUCGCUCUGCUCUUCGUUGGAGGGGAUAUUUCCACCUGGGCCAUGCUGAGUGACAUUGGGGACUAUGUAGGUACAGACAUUCAAAUAUCCUGGUUACCUAACCUGGAUGAGUUAAUGAAGGGCUAUGCCAGAAAUUUUCGCCCUGGGAUAGGAGGUCCACCAGUGAACGUGUCCAUGGCCAUCGAGGUGGCCAGCAUUGACCACAUCUCCGAGGCCAACAUGGAUUACACCAUGACCGUGUUCCUGCGGCAGAGCUGGCGCGAUGACCGCCUGUCCUACAACCACACCAACAAGACGCUGGGGUUGGACAGUCGAUUCGUGGACAAGCUGUGGGUUCCCGACACCUUCAUCGUUAAUGCCAAAUCUGCCUGGUUCCACGAUGUCACCGUGGAGAACAAGCUGAUCCGCCUUCAGCCCAACGGAGUCAUUCUAUACAGCAGCCGAAUAACUUCAACGGUGGCGUGUGAUAUGGACCUGACCAAGUAUCCCAUGGAUGAACAGGAGUGUAUGCUGGACCUGGAGAGCUAUGGCUACUCCUCAGAGGACAUUGUGUACCACUGGUCAGAGAGUCAGAAACACAUCCACGGCCUGGACAAACUGGAGCUCUCCCAGUUCACCAUCACAGACUAUCGGUUUGUCACUGAGAUGAUGAACUUCAAAUCUGCGGGACGAUUUCCACGGCUCAGCCUCCGCUUUGAGCUGAGGCGUAAUCGAGGCGUCUACAUCAUCCAGUCGUACAUGCCUUCCAUAUUACUGGUCGCCAUGUCCUGGGUGUCCUUUUGGAUCAGCCAAACGGCAGUCCCUGCUCGUGUAUCCUUAGGGAUCACAACCGUGCUCACCAUGACCACGCUGAUGGUUAGCGCCCGCUCCUCCCUGCCUCGGGCAUCGGCCAUCAAGGCGUUAGACGUCUACUUCUGGAUCUGCUACGUGUUUGUGUUCGCGGCACUCAUCGAGUACGCCUUCGCUCACUACAACGCUGACUACCGCCUCAAAGAGAAGGCCAAGGUGAAGGCCAACAAGCUCAGCUCUGAGUCCAUAGUCAAGAACGGCAAACAGGCCAUGGUUCUGUUUUCCCUGUCGGUCACUGGCAUGAACCAAGGCGUGAUGAUUUCCAACCGCCACGGACGGCCCCAACGCUCCAGCAGCGAAAUCCCCGGGGAAGGCGGCAGCGAGGAGUCCGAGCCGAGGAGGAGAAGGUCCAGGCAGCCGGAGGAGAGCACGGAGGAGAAGAAAUGCUGUUCCAAGUGCGUGUGCAAGCCCAUUGAUGCCGACACCAUCGACAUCUACGCCAGGGCCGUGUUCCCUUUCACUUUCGCUGUGGUGAACGUGAUCUACUGGGUGGCGUACACCAUGUGAAGAGGAGGCAGCAGGUCUGUGUGAAUGACUGCCAUCCAGGGCUGUAUAUAAGAAACUGCUGGAGUUGUGCCACUUCAAUGCUGGCAGACUGGUGCAGCUCAAAUAUACUGCAGGCCUCAGUAAAAAAAAUAAAAAUGACAAAAAAUCUUCAGAAGAAGUUUUUGGGCCUAGAAAUAUGGAAAUAUGGUAAUAAUGGAAGUAGUUAUGAGUUUAAAAAGUGUUACUGGACUUAAAUAGAAAUACAGAAAUGUGCUGUAUAAAGGCAAAGGACUGUGUUGCCUGUUGCAGGUUCACAUAAACAGUGAGUACAGUUUAGCCAACAAUCCAGAUCCACACAUGUCAUCUGUUAUAUGAACUCAACACUGGACACUAAAACAACAUAUACUGCUUGAACACCUGCAGAGCUGACCACAAGCGUACAUUUUGCAAACACAAAUAAGCAUAGUUGGCUUAACUAACUCAAAAGCAACAAUCUGGAGUGAACUGCGCCUGUUAUCUCGAGAAGCAAAAGCGCCGCCCAAACUAGAAGGAUAACAAGAUGAGGUGUACUACUAUUCUGCAUGGCUGAUAGCUCACUCACCCUCUUCCCGCACCAUCGCCGCCCCCUCUCUUCCUCUCCCGCCUUUGGCCCUCCACCCAUUUUCUUUUCGAUUCAUUUUUCGUUCAGGACACCGUCUGGGGUGUCUUAUCUCCUA